AUGGAUUUUUCAAGGCUCACCGCUCAUCAACCUGCUACACCACAACUAACACACCACGACAAUGCCCAACGACUGACAGCCGCAGCAGCAGCAAACGAUCACGACAAUGCCGAUACGAAUACGACGGCGGGCGGACCUACCGUCGGGACUGUCGUGGCCCGCAUCGAAAACAUCCUGUCGCAAAUCAUCGACUCCGUCUCCGCCUGCCAAGAGCUGUCAAUCACUUUCACGCCGCGGAGGCCGGCGCGGAGCCGUGGUCAGCCUGAUGAGGUCCGCUUCCCCGGCCGAAAUCAGCAAGAGGCCGUCAAGUUUGCACGCAUCCUUCUUAUUCUACAGUUGUCACAUGACGCUCUUGUGUCUGGGACAAUUCUGACGAAGCGGCACAUCUUUUAUCAACAUCAGGAUCUGUUUAAGAGGCAAGCCCAAGUUGAUGAACUUGUGGACGACAUUGCCUUUACUCUCGGCAUUGGUCGCGCUGAUUUGAACAUCGUGGCAGCUUCAAAGGGUGUCUUGGCUGGUCCAUUGACCAUUGACCUUACCGAUGGCACAUCUUUGGAUCCCUGCUCUGGAGACCUGGGAGUUGCCAUCCCGGCCAUCCAGUCAGUCUCUGCAGUCCACCUCCACCAUGUCAAGUGGUUUCUAGUUGUGGAAAAGGAUGCCAAAGGAUACCCCGAUUUGACGACGCGUGCAUUCUUAAACUAUAUCAGCACGCGCCAUCCUCAAUUGUCUAUACUGGGAUUGGUGGACUACGACCCCGAUGGUGUCCGAAUUUUGAGAUGCUACCGUCACGGAUCCGAUAGACUGAGCCAUGAAGCUGAUCUCGACACGCAAGCAAUUCAAUGGCUGGGCAUCAAAUCUGACCAGUUGAUUCAAGAGUGCGCCGACACCAAUUCUAUAGACCCGCGUCUUUUCUACCAGAGUAGCCAGUCUACACAAGUGUCCAUCACAUCUACCGCAUGCCGCGAGCCCAUAUCGUAUCUGGGUCUGAGGGAGCGAGGGGUAGCAGUUUCGGCGCUCAAGAAGCUAGGAAGCUUUUCAUCAAGUGAUACCGAAACGCUUGAAAUGAGGCGAGAGCUUCAGGUUAUGAUCGCCCUUGGAGUCAAGGCUGAGAUUGAGUGGCUUGAUGAGUCUGGGGAUCUAUGUCAAUGGCUGGACAACGAGAUAGGCACUGCUCUGUCUUGGAGCCCUGUCCUCUGA